AUGGGCGCCAAUAUCUUUCAUACACACAAGCAUCCCACAAAUAAUAUUAAUGAUCAUGGUAGUACCGACAUUGAAACACAUGAGAAAUCAAUUGACGAGCAAGAUAGUAUUCACAGAAAACAUGGGCAUCGUAUAAAGGGAGUGCGAAGGGCUUUAACUUUCAAGCGGAAAUCGAGUAAGAGUCGAUAUAAUAACCUGAUAUCAAAAUCUACUCGUUUCUCUAAUCCAGAAAUCACAUCGCAGCAUACAUCACGUUCAUCAUACACAUCAUCCUCUAUUUCUUCAUUAUCAUCAGCCACAUCUUGUGGAAGUUAUUCUUCCAAUGAUUCAGAAACAUCAAGCAGGAUAAAAAGCACGCAGCAACAUCUGAAGGUGAAGAUAUCGGCCGAAUGCCUCCCAAAAGCUCAGAAAAAGGAUAGAACAGUAAAAAGGAGUAGAUUUCAUUUGCACUCUUCCACAAAUAAAGAUGGUUUACGUGCACAAGGAAAGAGCAAAGCCGAACUCUCGCCGGUUUCCAAAGGCUUUUUGUUCUCUAGGUUAUCGUUAAGAAAUCGAAAAUCUUUUAAUUCUCUUGAAAAUCGGCCACUCUCAUCAAAAAAGUCUUUUAAUACUAUAUGUAUUCAAGAUAAUUCAUCCCUUGCUUGCGAACCAUCUGACAGCCUUGCGUUUGUUACAAAUUCUGAUAGUCGAGACAAGAUUUACUCUCCGAUCAGUCAGUCCAAUGAUUCUGGUGUUAUUAGUUUUGAUGUUAACCAGAGAAAGCAUUCUAUGUCGCUGUCUUUAAACAAGCUUAAGAGGAGGACGAAGUCAUUUCUCUUAUUAAAUGCAUCUAGCUCUUCUCUACUUGAUCUUGCCAAAGCUGGCAAAGUACCAUCUGAUUCAAUGUCGAAUAGGGUGAUGGGUGAUUCUUUAAAUAAUUCAAGUGACGGUUCUAAGAUAACUUUUGGCUCUAAAAGAUCGGGAGCAAAACCUGAGGUGGAAGAGCGUGCUAAUUCGACGGAUCACUCAAGCAUUUUAUGUGAUGAUUCAGAUGGUAGAAGAGAAAGCACAAGUCACGAAUCAAACGGGUCUAGUUCGAGUUUCAGUAUAAGAUCUAAUAGUAGAACUUUCAAAAAGAGAUCAAAAACUGUGGGACCAACAGAUAAGCAGAGAGUAUCGAGAUCAAAGUCUGGGGGGUCUUCUUCUAGAUCAAGCUUUAGAAGCAAGUUAAGGGCAAAUAGUGACUCGCAAGUUGCAAAGGUUUCAACUGAUAGGCGGAAAUCUUUUUCAAAGAAAGAUCUUCCACCCACUGAUGGGCACAUACCAAGUACAUACCUUGAUGAGGUACUCAGGAUGUUCAAAUGCUCUACGGUGGCUCUUUUAUUGUCUCUAACGGACUCGAACUUUAUGAAACUUACAUUAAGAGAAUACAUUAGAAAAUAUUUCAAUUUUUCUUCUCUGCCGCUCGAUAUUGCAUUGAGAGAAUUCCUAAUGAUUAAUCAACUUCCUAAUGAGGUUCAACAAAUUGAUCGAAUUAUUUUUGAAUUUGGAAGACGUUACAGCGAGCAGCAUCCGGAACUCGGAAUGAAUGUUGAUAAUUGUUACUUGCUAACAUAUGCUUUGGUUAUACUUCAUACUGAUAAAUUUAAUCCAAGCAAUAAGCAUAAGAUGACGAGAUGGGAAUUUAUAGAUAAUUUACUGUUAUCAUUGAAGCAAGAUGAUCUCUCUCCUAUAAAGCACGGAAAAUAUAAGCAUGAUGUUGAAGCAGUUAUGAAAGAGACCUUUGGAUACUUAUAUGAUAAUACUGUGUACCAGCAGUUUGUCCGUAUUCAGGAAGAGCAAGCAGACGAAGCAUUUUCUGCCCUCAGUGAUUUCACGGGGAAAAAAUUCCUACCUUAUCCAUCAUUAUCUACAAUAGAGACUAAGAGUAUCACUACAUUGGGUUCGGGAACGUCCUCCACAUCCUCACUUAAAAGACGAAGUUCAUUUUUGUGGUUACAACCGGAUUUAGACAUCUAUCAACAAAUAUGUCAGCGAAAUAUCGAAUCACUAAAGCUGAACAUAACCUUCAACACAGAAUUUCCAUUUAUAGGCUCAGAUGUUAUUUCAAAGGAAAAAGACGAGAAAUGUACCGAAUCAGAAAUAUUAUUAGACAAACUUGAAAGUAAAACGUCCAAUACUUUGCCAUCGUUGGCAUCAUCAUCUUCCAAAAUCAAGGAUGUUGAUAACAUCAAAAAACUGGUAUGCUCAUCCAUGGACAAAAUAAAUAUAUCCGGUUUGGAUCGGAUUUUAAGGAUCAUUGAAGGUACGGCGUGCUCUGUGGUCCUUAAAGUUCCAAAAGCAAAGGGUUCAUUUUUACAUGUUCAAAAUUCGCAAAUACUCGAAUAUGGAUCUGAAGAUCAGAGUACUGGGAAAGAUUUCUAUAUGGUGCGCGUUUUAAAGUUUGGGAUGGUUUCUCGACAAGAGUCCACUUUGAGUUUGAAAUCAUGGAAAAAGUACUUUUGUAUAUUGACAACUAUAGGCAUGUUCUUUUUCAAAUCGUUGACUUUGUUCAAAAUGACCUAUCUUCCCGAAGAUGUUAAAAGGAGUAUACUUAUCUUUGAAGAGGCCCCGAGUAACUCUGCCGCCACAAACUUUUGGGGUAGUUUCAAACCAGCAUUAUCCAUCCAUUGGAAAGCGUUUGCAACACGAAUGGAAAAAAGUCUUAGUCUGGACAAACUGGUGAACACGAACAUGGACAAGGAUAUGAUCGAUAAUCCACUUAGAUCGUAUACAUUCUAUAUUUACACCGAGAAUUCAAGGUCAAUAUACAUGGUCGACAAUCUCUUUGAGUUAAAACUAUGGAUUACACAGAUAAAUUAUAUGUCCGCUUUGGCAUCAGUUUCAUUUCCGAUUAAAAAAAUACCGCUCUUUGAUGACCAUUCGAAUGGGUUGGGUAAGACAGAUCAUGACGAUAGUGCAUCUUCAGAAAAAGAAACAAACGAGGAUGAAAAUGUCACACAGGCGACAAAUACAGAAAGCGUUGAUGAUGAUAAAUACCAGGAAAUUGCAUGCCAAUCAGCCUUGGGCUUGGAUGAUAGAUUGAAGGAAUUGGAUUUGUCUAUCAAAAAUUCAAUUGAAGCCCUUCAAAGUUAUUUUGCAGCAGUACAAAUGCUAAAACUUCUAACUCCUUUACAAGCAAAAACGAGAGAGGAGUUGCUAUCAUCAUCAAAGAUAAUCAAUGCAAAACUAGAGUGGCUUUGGUACGAACUCACAGAGGACAUUGAAUAUCAUAGAGUACUCUUUGCUCUCAAAGAGCAUAAUCUCAAGCCGAGUGUUUAA